AUGUCAGAAUCAGACGAAAGCGAAACGGGUGCUUCACCUCGCCCAGAGCUUGUAAAACAAAUCUCCAGAGACCUUUCAAGUGAGAAGGACAUCGAAGAACAGUCAACUAGUCCUGAAGACCAAGAAGAUGCCAUCUCAGAUGCUUCAUCAAAUGUUUCUUCAAAUGUUUCUUCAAAUGCUUCAUCAGAUGUAACAUCAGAGAUAUCUGACAUAGCUACGUUCAAUCACUUGCUUGUUCCAGGGGUGAUAGGUGGACUCAAUCGCCGUCUUGGUUUGGCUCGGUAUUGGGGAUUUUCAAAUUUCGAUGACUAUGAUGUGAUCACUGUCCAUGGGCUUCGCGAUAAUCAUAGAACUGUAUGGAUAUCGAAAACAGGAGCCGCGUGGCUUAAACAUAGUCUUUUUCAAGAACUUUCCAUACGGCAAUUGGACUAUGUUUACGCACUUGAUGAGAGUGCACAGGUCUUCAGACCAGACGGAAUUGAGAUAGAAGCCCGGAAUCUUCUCCGUUCAUAUUGCCAGCUCAGACAGAGUCUUCUCGAUACAGAAGUCAACCGGCCGAUUAUCUGGGUAUGCCAUGAUAUUGGCGGUAACAUUGUCAAGAAGGUUCUCAUGGAAGCAACUCAACCUGUAUUGCGAGACGACUAUAAGGACGAUAUAGCUUGGGAAUCAGCCAAAGUGAUCCACCACAAAAUUGCAACGCUCUCGACCGCUAUUCUAUUUCUUGGUUGUCCACACAAGUCCGAGUCUCUCGAAGUUCUUCAGGACGAAGUGCUAAAUCUCAUGGACUUUCCUGGCCCUGAAAUCACGAAUGGUAGACUUGGCAAGAUAAAGAACAUUGCGCGACAGGUUGAAAGCAUCAAUGAGAGUUUUCUCAAGUGCAGAUUAUUCUACCGUCUAACAACUAUCAAUGUAUCCCAUUUGGCAGACUUUCCAGAAGUAGGAUCCAAAGGGGAGCCAAUGAACAAUAAGUUGUUGACGAUUUUAGACACGACUAAUGAUCCAGAAACUGGAGCUGGAGUGACACAGAUUGAUCAAGUACAUCGACCAACACCCGCACAAGAUUCCACUCCUACUUCGAAGGAGCUCCCUGUCGCGCUUGCAUCACCUUUCAGUCAAUACACUGUUUCCACCUUCAUUAACACAAUGGAGAAGCAGAACGAGUAUUAUCUGACCAAAGUCGACCACCCUAAUUUGGUGAGAGGUGUUGAAUAUCCUAAUGGUGACACAAAGUGGCUGAGAUCUUUGUCGAGACGUUUCCGUGAGAACGUCUAUCCUUUCAAGGUUGAUCCAUACCUUGCACGAUUCAAAACCGCCCUACUGAGCGUGAUACCACCUAUCAAGAUCCCGACCAUACACAUGGAGCAUAGAAAGGGCGGGAGGCUUCCAGUUAUGGACUGGCUUACAAGCCAGGAUAUCUACCGAGUCUUGAAAACUAAACUAGGGCCUCAAUUAAUACACAUUGAGGCUAACGAGACAGACCAAAAGAGAGUGUCAAUGCUGUCCCAAUAUCUUUACACAUUAUACGAUUCUGAAAAUGAAGGCUAUUGGGAUGACAACCCGAAAGGGCAGUCUUUCUAUUUUGAAUUCGUCAAAUCAGAUCACAGAUACAACAACGUCAGGUCCAUGCUACUCACAUUCUUGAACCAUGCGGCGUGGCACUGCUCCUUUGAUACAGACAUUCACGCUCGAAAAGGUCUGGCGCAGCUUAUGAGCUACAAGUGUUGGUCGCUUACACAACUUUUCAACCUCUUUGCCACCGUUCGCGGAAUGACAAAUGCAGCAGACCUCGUCAUCUUCUUGGGCUCCUUUGACAACUGUAUCGAGGAUGAACGACGAUGGUUUCUAGCUGCAAUCCAGGAGCAUCAAUCUCAUGGUGACAUCGAUUAUCGUGUGGUUACCACGACAAGUGGUUCAGACGAAAUAUCGAAGACCUUGAUCGAUAAAUCACAGACACUAUCACUAGGAAACUGUCCAGUACAAUUCUUAGGAUACAGUAUCGACGAGGAAGGAGUAGGUGUUCACAGCCUCCACAUGUCGCUUAAACAUCUUCUUCAGAAGCGUCCUGUUUUACAUCAAGUCGAAACAACCGUCUUGGCGCUAUUGGAAGAUUGUAAGAAUGUACCUCGUCAUGGAUAUGUGAUCCUACAAUGGCUGAAAACGUUUGGUCGAGGAGCUUCGCUUGCGACAAUCACGGCUGCAUUGGAAAGACUGAGGCCAGUCACAGCGAAGACUAUACUGAAUGAGCUGCUGAGGGCACUGAGUAACAAAAGGCGUCAGUGGGCUCUCCAAGUACACCGAUGGGUGAGAUAUGCCAAGGAACCAUUAACUCCCAAGGCAUUGGGACAGGCUCUAGCAUUAUCGGCAACCCAGAAUCCAGGAGAUAUACGCACAACGCUGCUGGACUACGACUACGAGUGCCUCGUGGACGAAGUUCAAAAAUGUUUCUCGGGCAUCAUCGUCAUUGAGGGCGGUGAAGUCAAAUUAUCACACGACUCAUUUGAUCAGUCUAUCACACUCGAUGGCGACAACAACGAAACCGAAAACCCGUCAUACAUACACGGGGCAAUUGCAACUACAUGUUUACAAUACAUGAUGCAAGAUUGUGUACAGCAGCAAUUCGCAAGACUCUCUGCAGAUAACUAUGCGGGCGACGAGCUGAAGUAUCCGUUUUGUAUCGCAGGACAAGAUCUGCUUGAGUACGCUGUUCGAUUUUGGGCGGACCAUUAUCGACUUGCUGACAAUCAUCGACCAUUCGAGCUAGCCUUGGGGUUUUUCCGCGCCAAACAUCUACGAGAUAAAUUGGCUGAAGCAGUGUAUCUGCUGUCAAAUCCAUCCACACGGAUGCAACAAAGUUACUGCUCUCCUCUUCCACUGAUGGCUUAUUUUGGUUUGGACGACCUUGUUUCCACAGAAGUUGACGAGAGUAAGGAGGCAGAGUGGUUCCAAAAGGAUAUAUCGCUUGCCAUUGUCGAAGCGGCGAGAAAUAAUCAAUCGUUUAUCUUCAGUAAUCUUUUGGAGCUGGUGGAAGCCGAUGAGGCCAGUCUAAAGGAAGCUAUAUUUUGGGCUGCCGCGGCUCAAAAUGAAGACAUCAUGAUCAAAAUAUUGGACAAGGUGGCUACUUUGAAGAGCUUCGAAUGGAACCAAUCGCUCCUAUCUUGUGCUGCCAUUACCGGCUCUAACUGUCUGGCCACAGCAAUUGCCAAAUCCGGGUUUAAUCUCAAUCAGGUUGACGUUGAAACUGGCCAGACAGCCCUUAACGCAGCCAUUUUCUGGAGACAAAGAGUGGUUGUGGAAACCCUGUUAAACUUUGAGAUUGAUCUUUCGACUAGAGAUCACGAAGAUAUGACGCCUUUGGUGGUUGCUGUUGAAGUUGCUGAUCAAGUCAUCGUGCAGAUGCUUCUCGACAGAGGUGCUAGAGUUGACCAAAAAACACAUGAAGGAGAACUGAUAGUAACGAGGGCGGCUGAAGUAGGCAACCACGUUGUUCUUGACCAACUCAUCUCGGCUGGAGCUCAAUUCCAGGUUGACGCGGGUGACACUGACAUGGUCGAGCCCACUAUACGCACUGCACAGAAACACAGGAAGGAAUGCCUCCGAAUUCUUCUAGAGCACGGUGCAAACCCUUGCGCUGAAUCCAGAGAUGGUAGCCUUUUAUAUCAGUUCUGCACUAAGAGAGAUACCGUCGACAUUUGCCGCCUUCUUUUGGAGAAGGGUGCAAACCCCAACGAGACCUAUUCUGACAAGGAAAUGCUUCUCAUCAGAGGGCUGAGGACAGACAACACGGAACUCGUUGGCCUACUAAUCGAUCAAGGGGCCAACAUUAAUGCGGUAGAUCCGUGGGAAGAAGGUGUUGCCAGAACUCCACUAUCAUUUGCUGCUGGAGACUGCGAUCUCGACAUGAUAGAGCUUCUGCUUGAUAGAGGCGCAGACGUCAAUUACGCACCCGAAGGAGUCGACGCAGCACUUUUUAGUGCGGCAUACAGAACCUGGGACACCGAAAGACUUGAACUGUUUUUGAAAAGAGGGGCUAAAACUGAUUGGAGAAGAGAAGAUGGUUGGCAGGCCCUUCAUGCCGUAUAUGAUGCACCUAAUUCCGUCAAGGUUCUGUUGAAGCACGAAGCUGAUAUCAACGCCAUGUGUGUCGGCGGAACUGUGACUAUGCUAGCAGCGAGGAAUGGUUACAAAAGUACUCUAGAAGUCAUUAUUGCAAAUCAGGAUUCGACGCCAGACCUUGAUGCGAAAUUAACCUACGACCCAGAUGACGAGGACUAUGGAGCUACUGCGAUCCGACUUGCAGCCGAGGCUGGUCACUAUGACUGCGCUAGCUUUCUUCUAGAAUCUGGCGCUUGUCUCGAUGAUGAGAUGAAGGAUGCAAAAUUCUUCAUCCGAUGUCCGGUCGAGAACAUGUCCACAGAGCAAUCUCAAGCAUUGUUUAAGCUUAUGGAGCAAUGUUUCGAAUAUGGGACAAAGGCCGACGUACUGGAUGAAAGGCAAAAUACUGUGCUUCAUUACCUUGAUCAAAACACUCCGGAACCGCUUAUCUCGUCACUUCUUCGAUUCGGGGCGCCGAUGGACAGUACAAACGCAGAUGGCUCUACUCCUUUGGUAAUCGCUCUGGAGCGGAGAAACAUCUCAGCAGCUCGACUGCUACUAUCGAGAGGUGCAAGAGCAGACAUAUACAGUCCUAGGUUCGGCAGCCUACUACAUAUCGUCUGUAACUGGCAUCGUAACGGGAAUUUGCUACCAGUUACUGAGUUUUACACCCUACUAAAGAUUCUUAUUCAACGCAAAGCGGAUCCUCAUAUGCCCGGGUUUGAACCCUUAGGCGAAUCCAUCCUCUACACGGCAAUUGCUCGUAUACACUUCAAUCGAGUCAGUGAGAUGACUGCUCGCUACUUGAUUGAAGAGUUGCAGAUAGAUGUCAACUAUGGAGGCCGAAUGGAAAUGUACCCUCUAAUUGCCGCCAUUUGGCAAGUCUAUCCUCGAUUGAUAAACUACCUCAUCCGGCAUGGAGCUGAUCUGGAGGUUGCCGAUGAUCAAGGUCUCAAGCCCUGUCAUUACGCAGCGAUGCGCCGUAAGGGCAAUCACAAAACACUAGAACUUGUAACAAGAUCUGGCAUUGCCUUGCAAGCUAGGGAUCUCUACGACCGAACUCCGUUGCAUUUUGUAUCAACCAACCUCUGGUAUACUGCAGAGAGUUUUAUAAAACGAUUGCCGGCAGACUUUGAUGUCAACGUCAAAGAUUCUGAUGGAUGGACUCCGCUGAUGUGGGCGUGUAGAUUGAAAGACUCUUGGGAAACAGCACAACACCUUGUUGAAGAAUAUGGGGCAGACAUCUGGGCUCGCAGUAACGACGGUCAAUGGUCGCCUCUGAAGCUGGCCAAUCUCGCGGAUUUUGAACAACAUUUCAAAAGUAUUCUCAAGCCACCCAAGGACAAGAUGGAGAGAGUUCUUGAGAAUGGAUCGAAGGAAGUAUGGGACGCAGCUUUCCAUGUCAUACCGCCAGGGAUACACCACCUUGGGAAAUUCUGCGGAAAUUGCAUCAUGGUCAGUAGCGCUAACCCAAGCUAUAUAUCCAUCAUUGCUAACCAGACCCGUGAAUGA